CUUUUUCUUUCAUUUUGUGUGUGUUUGUUUGAGCAGAAAUCCCCCCAACCAAGGACCCGUCUCUGCUGGAGCUUGAUUCUCGUCCUGGUUUCCUUGACCUCCUUUUUUUUUGUUUCGUAUUGCUUGGAGGCGCAAACAAACCACAAGACAAGCAACAACAACAACAACUUGACAAACAAUGGAAGGCGCGAAUCUGCGUGUCCACCUGGAAACGGGCGAUGUAAAGGCCGUCAAGUACGCGGCCAAUACGACCGUCCAGGACAUUAUCAAUAUCAUGGGACUCAAGAUUGGCUUGCAGUCGGUCGCUCACUUUGGCCUCUACUUGGAGCACUCGGACGCUGCGCAGUCGCAAUGGCUGAGCCCGCUGCGCCCCGUCGCCACUGUGGAGGCGUUCUAUCAGUCUAAAACACAAAUAUUUGUUACUUCGUCGUGGAAGUACACGUUUCGAGUACGCUUCCUGCCCAAGAACGCCGUCAAUCUGUACUCGAAAGACAAGACCGUCUUCUCGUACCUCCACCAGCAGCUCUGCCGAUUCCUCAAGCAGGGCAAGUUUGACGAUAUUGCAGAGCAGAGCCUAGUGCAACUUGCAGGCGCCGAGAUUGUGCGUCGCUGUCUCGGGAUGGCGUCGCACAAGGUGAAUCUUGACUAUUUCGAAAAGGAAAUCGGCUUUAGCGAAAUCCUCUCGGAAGGCAUUCUGCAUCGCUACAAGGUGAAAGAGUUGAAAAAGCUUCUCAGUCCGCAUUGCAAAGAGUACGAAAAGCUAAGCGAGGACGAGUGCAAGCUCGUCUUUUUCAAAACGCUGCAAGAACACUCUGAGCUUGGCUUGACAACGUUCAAGGUCCAGCUGGAAAUGAUGUCUGGCUGGGGUGUUGGAGUUGAAUUCUUGAUUGGCCCUCGCUCUGGCAUUUCGCGCAAGGAGGGCGACAAGAUCACGCCUGUUGCCGAGUACAGUCAGCUGCGGUCUGUGGGCAUUGUCCCGCAGGGAAACAAGGCAAAGGUCGAAAUCCGCUUGAUUGGGUAUGACACGGAAGUCCUCAAAAUCAUUUGCGAGAGCAUCAUCGCCGCCGAGGAGCUUGCCAGCUUGCUUGACGGCUAUUACAAGCUGUUCGUGGAUGCGCGCUCUUCGAUUUUGGCCUCCGAGCAGCAGGCCAACAGUCGGUUUGCCCGAGCAGGCCGCGGCAGUCCAGGCACUUCCCGCGCCAGCCUGUAUCUCCCCGAUCGCCCGAGCAUGAUGUCCGACCCGUCCAGGGACGUGGGGUCGCGGUCUGACGACGAAGACGUGGAUGAUGCCGAGCUCGACCAUGCGCUGCAGCAGCAAACUAGCCUUGCAAAUGUUUUGCGAAGAGCGUCAGAAAUGAACCUGCAGGGUGUAAGUCGCACGCGAUCCGAUGCACCAUUGCAUCAGAAGCUAUCUGGGUCGUCUCGAGCGCUUCAUGGCAGCCAGGGCAAUUUGGCUGGCUCCAAGCCGGCAUUGCCUCCGAUGCGGAUUACCCCAGGCCCGUCUUCCGGCCCCACAUCGCCCGUGAAUACUGUCGCGCCCGACGAAGAACUGGACGACUACAUGACGCUGGAUGACAAGCUCGACUGCGACACCAUUUUCCGCGACCAGCUCACUAUCGCGCGUGUCAUUGGAGAAGGCCAAUUUGGCUCGGUGAACGAGGGCGUCUGGACCCGUCCCGACAACACCAAUGUUCCCGUUGCCAUCAAAACGUGCAAAAACAACGUUUCGCGAGAAGUCCAACGCGAGUUUUUGGCCGAGGCUACGCUCAUGAGCAAGCUCAACCACCCGCAUAUCGUGCGUAUUCUGGGCGUCAGUCUUUCAAGCCCAAUUCUGAUCGUAUGCGAGCUUGUUCCUUUGGGUUCGCUUCGCAACUAUUUGCUCGACAACAAACCAAGCUUGAAUCUUAAAAUGCUGCUUGGGUACAAUUGGCAAAUUGUUUCCGCCAUGUCCUAUCUCGAGCACGUCAAGGUGAUUCAUCGUGAUCUGGCAACGCGUAAUAUUCUUGUUGCUACCCGGCAGGUUGUCAAACUGACGGACUUUGGCCUUUCUCGAGUGCUGACUGAGGACGACAUUUACACUGCUACGGGUGGGAAAAUGCCUGUCAAGUGGAUGGCUCCCGAAAGCAUCAACUAUCGCACGUUCACGACUGCAACCGACGUGUGGUCUUUCGGUGUCUGCAUGUGGGAAAUCAUGUCGUACGGCGAGAAGCCCUACCCCCAGCUCCAAAAUAGCGACGUUAUCGAUCACCUCGAGUCCGGGGCACGAUUGCAAUGUCCGGAUGACUGUCCUGACUCAUUAUAUCGAGUCAUGCACGACUGCUGGGCGUACAAGCCGGAGGACCGUCCUUCCUUCCGAGAAUUGUACGAUCGGAUGAUGCAGGUCAUUGCGGAGGAGCGUAUCGAGAUUCAGGGUGUCACAACGUCCCAUUUGCGCAAGUCGACAUCGGAGGCUGAAAUGCGUGCUCAAACCAAGCGCAUCGUCGAAUCCGUGCGCGGCUCGCAGUCGUCCAUCGCCAUGAGCAGUCUCACGGCACCGGCUUCGGACAGCGGUCGCAGCAAGUCUCCCCGCGCCUCACGACUAACGCAUCAGCAGUCACUCCCCGCGUCGGCCUUUGCGUCGAUGGGAGACGAACCACACGUUCUUACUCCAGGCGUCGUCCCGACGGCGCCCAAGCCCGUCAUUCCUGGCGUCACAACUAUUUCCCGCACCAGCCUGACAUCGUCCACCUCUUCGCUCAACGCAUCGGGUGCGAUGGACUCGACGUCCUCGCUCAACGCGACCUCCGCGGCCCGAACCAACAGCAAGCCGCCAACGGUCCCAGUCAGUUCUCGGCCGACGACUGCGCCCCACGGCAAAUCAUCAACCUCCACACCGGGGCCAGCAGCGAGCGCCGCGUCUGCCAGCGAGUCGCGAUCAUCGCGACCGUUGCCCGAGCGUAGUACGAGCGUUGACGGCGAUGUGGCGCUUGAUGUUGCCGCGGAAGAUUUGCCACCGCCACCAGCGCCCUUGAAAACGUCGCCAAGGCCAGUGCGACCAGUCAGCACGCUGACGCCGCCAUCUAUUCCUGCUCCGGCUCCGCCCGGCGCGUUCAAGCCCCCGUCCGCGACCCCCGCUGCGCCAGGCACUUUCAAGCCCCCGUCCAUUCCAGCCCCCGCACCCCCUGGCUCGGCCGUGCACAAGCCCCCGUCGGGACCGGAAAGCCCGGCGGCUGGCUCUGCGCCUUCGCCGCUGGCUGCUCGCUUGCAGGCUCGUCUGAGCGAAGGCGGCAGCAACCCUGCUCAUGCCCCGGGUCGGCUGUCAGUCCUACUGACAGACCUCGAUGAGGACGUGCAGAGUGUUCGUCUCGAAAAGGAACGGGAGCAGGCAACGCAGGCGCAAGCCGCAAGCAAGACCAAGCUCGAGCGCCGCACGUCUGACUUUACCAUGAUGCUGCGUCAAGCGAUCGACGAGCUGCCCGACAUGGACGGUGACGACGAAGACGAAGACGACGAUGACGACGAGGAAGCCGUCAACGAGCAAGUCACCGCGGCUCUCAAACCGCCAACUCGAGCGCAAAAGUCGACAUCGAUGGAGCAGCUGGAAGCGAUUGCAGCUCCGCUGACAGCACCCCACGCAUUCGUUGUUCCAGAAUCGCCUCGCAUGUCUGACGCGCAGGUUAAGCGCCAGGCGCAUGAGAUUCUGUCCGAGCUGGAUGACCUGCUGGACGAGGAGGAUAUCAAAACGGCACAAGUCCGGUUGGAUGCCCUCAAAACCAUGUACCAAGACAAGGUCGUAGCUGUCAUGAAGAGCGUCAUGGAUCUCAAAGAGUCGGUGCGGCUCAACGAGACCUCGGCGUUUGUUGACAUGGUUCGCGUGAUUGUCAUGUGUGCCGGAGAGGUGAUGGACAUGGUCGAUCCAGUCAUGGCGUGUCUCGCUGACCUCAACGACAGUCAAGUCGCUCCCGAAGUUCACAUUGCCCUUGCCGAUGACGUCUCCUUGCUCAAGGUUGACAUUGAGAAGCUUGUCGAGCGCACUGGCCAAGCCACCCAAUUUUCGCCGCAAGCCCACCUGUUCCAAGCCGAGAUGCUUGACGCGGCGUUCAAGCUGGCGGUGGACGCCAAGAAGUUGUGCGACCGCAUCACCAAAUUCUAAACCCAGCUCUUUUUUUUUUUUUUUUGGCUUCUUGUUUUGCUUCUUGUUUUGUUUCUUGUUCCAUUAUCUAUCU